AUGAACCUUCUACUAUUGGUAUUUCUCCUAGCAUUAGUGGUGGCCAAAGACUACUAUGCGAUUCUCGGACUCGACAAGGGUGCUGAUGAAAAGUCUAUAAAGCUGGCGUAUCGACAACUAAGCAAAAAAUACCAUCCAGACAAGAAUCCAUCAGAAGAAGCCCAUCUGAAAUUUAUUGAAAUUGGCGAAGCAUAUGAGGUUUUAUCCGAUCCAGACAAGAAAGCCAACUACGAUCGAUAUGGAACAGCCGAAGCUCCUGUUGAUCAUGGAGAUUUUGGUGAUAUGUUCCAGCAAUUUUUUGGAGGUUUUGGUGGAGGUGGACACCAGCGACAAGGGAAACGGCGAGGUGACAAUACUCAGGUUAAUGUUCGGGUUUCGCUAGUGGAUUUCUAUCGUGGGCGAGAUGUGGAAUUUGAUGUGGAAAUGAGAAAUAUAUGUGACAUUUGUGACGGCAGUGGAUCGGAAGAUGGUCAGCGGCAUACCUGUGACAAGUGCCAAGGAUCCGGGUUCAUGAAGGUGACUCGUCGACUUGCGCCCGGAAUGGUACAAACGUUCAGUGGUCCGUGUGACGAAUGUGGAGGAAAAGGGACCAAAAUUGAGCGUUUGUGCAAGCAUUGUGGAGGCCAUGGUGCCAAGCCCACACCUCGUCAUUACAACGUUUACAUGGGACCCGGGUUCGAGCGCGACGGCACCCAAGUUUUGGAAGGAGAGGGUGACCAGAAUCCCGACUGGGUUCCAGGAGACUUGAUUGUUUCGAUAGGAGAAGACUUUGGACAGAGUUGGGGGUACCGAAGAAUUGGACGCAAUCUCUACCGAACCGAGGUUUUAAGUGCUAACGAAGCAAUGCAUGGAGGCUGGCGCCGGGUGAUUCCGUUCUUUGACGUUCACGAUGAAGAAGUUGAAAUAUCGAGACCAAAAGGUGCCACUGUUCUUCAUGGCGAAACGGAAAUUGUGCAUGGUCGAGGCAUGCCAGUAGGCGACGACCACGGAGAUUUAUUUAUCGAGUAUGUAGUUGUGCCAGCUGGCGGCGCGGCGUCCGUCAAGGACGAGUUAUAG